AUCCCAUGGGUGGCAAGAAAGUUUGCAUCGUGGGCUCCGGCAACUGGGGCUCGGCUAUUGCCAAGAUAGUGGGUAGCAAUGCAGCCCAGCUGGACAAAUUCGACAACACAGUGAACAUGUGGGUGUUUGAAGAGGAAGUGGGAGGCAAGAAGCUCACGGAGAUCAUCAACACGCAGCAUGAGAAUGUCAAGUAUUUGCCGGGACGCAAGCUGCCGCCCAAUGUGGUGGCAGUGCCAGAUCUGCUGAAAGCUUCAGCCGAUGCUGACAUCCUCCUCUUCGUAGUACCGCAUCAGUUCAUCGGGAAACUCUGUGACCAGCUGAAAGGCCACGUCAAGAAAGAAGCAAUAGGGGUUUCACUCAUCAAGGGUGUCGAUGAAGGCCCAGAUGGGCUAAAGCUGAUAUCAGACAUUAUCCACGAACAGCUGGGCAUUGAGAUGAGUGUGCUAAUGGGAGCCAACAUUGCCAAUGAGGUGGCAGAUGAGAAGUUCUGUGAGACCACAAUUGGUUGCAGGAAUGUAGAACAUGGACAGAUCCUCAAAGACCUGCUGCAGACACUCAAUUUCCGAAUCACAGUGGUGCAAGAGGCAGACACUGUAGAGCUCUGUGGUGCCCUCAAGAAUGUGGUGGCUGUCGGUGCUGGUUUCUGUGAUGGCCUGGGCUUUGGCGAUAAUACCAAGGCAGCCGUGAUCCGUCUGGGCUUGAUGGAGAUGAUUGCUUUUGCCAAACUUUUCUGCAAGGGCCCUGUCACUUCUGCCCCCUUCCUGGAAAGCUGUGGGGUUGCUGACCUCAUCACCACUUGCUACGGGGGCCGGAAUCGCAAAGUAGCAGAGGCUUUUGCCAAGACUGGCAAGUCUAUCGAGCAGCUGGAGAAGGAGAUGCUCAACGGGCAGAAGCUGCAGGGCCCUCAGACAUCAGCAGAGCUUCAUCACAUCCUCAAGCACAAGAAUCUGGUGGACAAGUUCCCACUCUUCACUGCUGUCUACCAGAUUUGCUAUGAAGGCAAACCUGUCUCUGAUUUCAUCAAGUGCCUGCAAAACCAUCCUGAACACAUGUAAUUGGCCUCUAGACUUGUCCUGGCAAGGAAGAGGUGGGAUUUUUGCCACUGCCAUCCCUCAAAGAGGAGAAGGAGCCACCACGGACCACAGAUGGGCAUGGGAGUUUGCACUUAGGGCAAGCAGAGGAAUUUGCACUAGGAAUUCCUGAGGUCAGAUGGAGUGACUGCAUCAAGCCUCUGAGCAGGUUGUUCCUGCAAUUCACCAGUCGUUGCUUUAGACCACUGUGAACUGGAUUGAUCCAGUCUCCUGCUUAGCUCUUGUCAGAUUCUAGAGCAUCCCCAUACUCAGUUUCCACAGAAGGCAAAGCUUUAGCUUUUCUCUUCUCGCAUGAGCAACGGCAGCCAAAAUUUCCUUGGCUGGGUUCUUCUCUGUUCCAUUGCUCUGCCUUGGUUUUCACUUCUCUUCUUGAGGGUUCAAACCUGAAACCCAUUACUUUUAUCUGCUCUAGGGGCUCACACUCUAAUAAUCUAAUAACUCAUAGCUUCCUGGAUUUUUAUUCCAGUAUGAGAAGCACCCUCCAUUCUUAGAAUGAGCAUUGGGCUCUUUCUGUCUAGAUGAGAA